AUGAAGACGGCAGUUGUCCUGCAAAUUGUCGCUGGGCUGUUGCCCAUUAUCAUAAACUUAUUGCUAUUUUGCGCGCCAGACGGCACCGAGCUAGCAGACAGCGACGCUGCCUUAAUUACAGCGGCUGGUAGCGCCAUUGGGAGGAUGGCGGAGAUUAUAGACGCACACCCCUGCUCCUUCCGUGUCUAUCGGUCCCCAUGGCGGGUCGAACCCUGCCCAACGGACCUCUACCAGUUGUACGCGAUGCAGCACUGGCGUGAGGAGACGUUUCGAGCCAAUUUUCGCAUGGAGUGUUCUAACUUUGAGCGUCUGUGCGACGCGCUUCGGCCAAAGUUGGCCCGCCAAGACACCGACAUGCGACAGGCCAUCCCCGUGGAGCAGCAGGUCUGCAUGGCCUUGUACCACCUUGCGCAAGGUAGUAACUACCGUGUACUGGACAACACAUUUGCCAUCGCUCGCGAGUCCCUCACCCGGAUCAUCCGUCGUUUUGCCGACGCUGUGCUGGAGGCCUUCGCUGGCGAGUGUGGAUACCCCGAUCCCCAGCGCAAGCUGGAGAUCAUGGAGGAGUUUGCCGUUGACGGUAUGCCUGGGUGCGUGGGGGCUGACGCGGAUCCAGCAGCGGCGUGCCAUGCAGCAGAUGCGGAACGUGGGGGCGGUGAUGAUGAUGGCGGGCAAUGA